AUGCCUCACGCAACCGAGACCUUGACCAACGGCGAGAAGCCAAGCUCGCAGUUCAUCUCUCACCUGACCUCCUACCCUGCCGUCAACGACAGCAUCGAGACGUUCAAGUCGAACCCCUACGGCAAGAAGUCCAUUGAGCUCGCCGAUGGCGUCUACAGCCGCUUCGGCAAGCCUGUCGAGCCAUACCUCGAGACCCCAUACAGCUACGCCAAGCCAUACGUGCAAAAGGCCGAUGAGCUCGCUGACUCCGGACUGAACACCGUCGAGAGCCACUUCCCCAUUGUCAAGGAGGACACCCACACCAUUGUCGACACGGCCAAGAGCUACAUCUGGUGGCCAUACAACUACGUCUCGGGCGCCUAUGAAGACGAGUACAACAAGACAGCCAAGCACAACGAGCGAGGCCAGGGCAUCACGACGACGAUCUUGGCCAUCGUUAGCACCGAGCUCCGCAUUGCUUCUGACUUCUUCCACGCCGUCGCCGACAUCCUCGGCCCCAAGUACGAGGAGUCGAAGAAGAAGGGCAGUGAGUACAUCAAGGACCUCGAGAACAAGGCCGAGCACUACAAGCAGAUUGGUCAGGAUAAGGUCAAUGAGUACACGAAGCUUGGACAGGCCAAGGCCGACGAGUACACCAAGGCUGGGCAGCAGAAGACGGAGGAGUUGAAGAAGCAGGGCGAGGAGACCAAGGAGGAAGCCAAGAAGCAGGCUCAGGGCGCGAAGGAGGAGGCGCAGAAGAAGACUCAGAAGUAG